AUGGCGCGCUCCCUCUACCGCCUUCUGCUGGUCCCCACCUGCCUGCUGCUGAAGCUCUCCAAGCUCCUAUACUGGCUGGCCGAGCAUAGUGCCUCCCACCUGCUGGGGGCUGCCUACUGCCUGUGGGUGCCGUGGCUGGUGCUGACCCAGGGGCCCUGUCGGGCCUUCCGCUGGAGGGUGCAAGAGAUGCCACCACCGUGCCUUACCGAUGCCUCCUAUGGGGAGCACCACUACCUGCAGUUUAAGAGCUCAGGGCUGCGUUUGCACUAAGUCACAGCUGGCCAGGAGGGGGCGCAGCUCAUGCUGUGUCUGCACGGAUUCCCCCAGAACUGGUUUGCUUGGCGCUACCAGCUGCAGGAGUUCAAGAGGCAGUUCCGGGUGGUGGCGCUGGACCUGCGGGGCUAUGGGGGUUCGGACGCCCCGCGCGGGAAGCAGCACUACCGGAUGGAGGCCCUGCUGGAGGACGUGCAUGGUGUCAUCCAAGUGCUGGGCUUUACCAAGUGCAUCCUGGUGGGGCAUGACUGGGGUGGUACCAUCGCGUGGAAGUUCGCCAUGAAUCACCCCGACAUGGUGGAGAAGCUCAUUAUCAUGAAUGCCAUCCACCCGGCCGUGCUUAAAGAGUACGUAGGAAGCCACCCCUGCCAGCUGCUGCGCUCCAUCUACAUAUUCAUGUUCCAGCUGCAGAGGCUGCCUGAGCUGCUCUUGUCUUUGGGUGACUUCCAGGUGAGAGCAGGGAGUGGGGGCAGGAGCUCCAUGCAGUGCAAGGACGUGCUGGUGCCCACGCUGGUGAUCUGGGGGGAGAAGGACGUGUACCUGGAGGCUGGGAUGAUCCCCCUCCUGGAGCAGUAUGUGCGCAAGCGCUGCCGCGUGCGGCGCAUCCCAGAGGCCAGCCAUUUUGUCAGCGAGGACCAGCCCGACAAGGUCAAUCAGCUGAUCUGGCGUUUCCUGCGGGAGAGAGCCGCGCCCGCAGAGCGGGGAGGGCGGCCAGGGCGCCGGGCGCCGGCCGGGGGCGCGGAGCGGGGAGAAGCCGGAUCCGCGCUCCAGCGCCAGGGCUCCCCGCGCCCCAGGCUGGCGCAGGCUGCGGGCGAGUUCCUGCCCAGCGAGCCCGAGAAAAAGCCGCAGCGUCAACCCGGGGCGGCGCAGCCCCGCCAGGAGGCCCCGCAACGCCCGAGCCCCCAGCGCUACGGCAGCGGGGCGCCCCCCGCCCGGACACUGCGCUAG